CCUAGCUGUGCUGACUCACAAGCUCAGAAACAGACACCAUGGUGCACCUGACUGAUGCUGAGAAGGGUCUGGUUACUGGCCUGUGGACAAAGGUGAACGCUGAUGAAGUUGGCGCUGAAGCCCUGGGCAGGCUGCUGGUUGUCUACCCUUGGACCCAGAGGUUCUUUGAGAGCUUUGGAGACCUGUCCACUGCCGCUGCUGUCAUGAGUAACGCCAAGGUGAAGGCCCAUGGCAAGAAGGUGAUUACCUCCUUUAGUGACGGCCUGAAACACCUGGACAACCUGAAGGGCACCUUCGCCAGCCUGAGUGAGCUGCACUGUGACAAGCUGCACGUGGACCCUGAGAACUUCAAGCUCCUGGGCAACGCGAUUCUUGUUGUGCUGGCUCGCAACUUGGGCAAGGAUUUCACCCCCUGUGCACAGGCUGCCUUCCAGAAGGUGGUGGCUGGAGUGGCCACUGCCCUGGCGCAUAAGUACCACUAA